GUGCCAGAUGAACUCGUUCAGCUGUUUUUGGACAUGACCGAGCCUGAUGCCGUGGAGAAGAUUGACGAUGACAUUACUCGGCAGUGUGCCUAUUUCUUUCCUGGCGUGGUGUGGGCCGUGGGGGCUCGUGGUUGGCCGAAGCUACGAGCUGCCUACCAAAAACUUGCCACUGAUGAUGAUUGGAAGACGCGCGCCAACAUGGCAGCAUCCAUUCAUAAGAUUGCACAAAUAAUCGGACCCGAACUGACGCAGGCUGAUCUUCUGCACUGUUUCGACGCUUUUUGGAAAGAUUGGGAUGAAGUUCGCGCCAGCCUGCUUUUACAUAUGGCCGAGUUUCUGGCCCUCAUCCCGUUGACGGCUCGGCACGUCUACUUGCCGUUGCUCUUCAGCUUUAAAGAUACCGAAGAAAGUACUUUUUGGCGCUUCCGCCAGUCUUUGGCGGCACAAAUUGCUCAACUAUGCUACAUUGUUCAAGAGGAGGAAGUUUAUUCAGUCUUGUGCAACAUUGCACUCGAACUGUGUGUCGAUCCAUUUGCCAGCACCCGUCAGACAGCCUAUGAAGCGGUAAGCUCACUUGACGUUCUGCGCUCAUCACACGUCUUGUCAUCCUGCGAAUUCUGGUAUGCCGUGCAUUUUACGCGUGUGUUCAAUUUCCAUCCGUGCUCUCGGUCGCAAUUAGGUGGGUAG